CUCUAGAUCUGGUCAAGUUGUGAGAUUUUCAGUCAAGUUGUGAGAUUUUCAGUCAUGUUGUGAGAUUUUCAGUCAAGUUGUGAGAUAUUCUGUCAAUUUGUGAUAUAUUCUGUCAAUUUGUGAGAUAUUCUGUCAAUUUGUGAGAUAUUCUGUCAAUUUGUGAUAUAUUCUGUCAAGUUGUGAGAUUGUGUUUUGAUAUAAAACUUUAUCCAGACCUUGAAGACAGUGCGUGUUGACAAAGGAUAGAAUUGGACAAAAGCCAAGAGAGACAACUUGUUUUAUUUCUUCCUUCACUUCUCAAGCUCUGGAUUCAGCUCCCCUUAGUUGUGACACGCUUUUGAUGGUUCCACUGGCCGGCAUUCAUGUCUGAGAGUGUGUGGCGGCAACAAUGUGGUCGGGACUUUAGGACAGUAACCCACACCUGCCCACAGUAACCCACACCUGCCCACAGUAACCCACACCUGCCCACAGUAACCCACACCUGCCCACAGUAACCCACACCUGCCCACAGUAACCCACACCUGCCCACAGUAACCCACACCUGCCCACAGUAACCCACACCUGCCCACAGUAACCCACACCUGCCCACAGUAACCCACACCUGCGCUGGUCAAGUACCAAGCUCAGAAGCUUCUACGUCACGCUCACACCAUUAAGACAGAUCGUUAAGACAUGCUGUUACAUUCGAGAGGAAAAAUUGAUGGUUCUCUCAGCAGAACGUGAAGACAGACAUUUGCUCUUGUAAAGACAGACAUUUGCUCUUGUAAAGACAGACAUUUGCUCUUGUAAAGACAGACAUUUGCUCUUGCCUUCUGAAUGUUCUUGACCUAAAUUGAGGCAUGACGACAAGUCUCCUUGACCUAAAUUGAGGCUUGACGACAAGUCUCCUUGACCUAAAUGUAGGCAUGACGACAAGUUUCCUUGACCUAAAUCGCUGUGAAUGAUGAUGUCGUCAGCCAUACCACCCCGACCCCUACUCGGUCUUCCCAGGGGAUCAACCCUCAGUGGAUUUAUGACGUCACCUUACCACUUGACCUCCAGAGAAAAUGGUUCGACCACGGUCGAUCACGGCAUGUACUCUCUGAACGUCACCACGGAGCGGUCGUCUCCCCGCCCCUCCCUGGGCCGUGCCGGGAUCAGCCAGGAUGUCCCACGUGACGUCAUCAAACCCACCAGAUCAGGUCGCCUAUCUGCCCCCAGCCCAUACACCCCGGGGGAGGGCGCCAUCAACCAGAAUUCAGGCGCCCCGUCACUGUAUCAGAGAGUUCACUCGCCCAUAGGGUACGCCAGCGGCCCCUCCCUUCAAACUGUGGGUAGUGUUGAUAUUCCCGCAACUUCUGAUGCGUGUUUUAAUUGGGCAGACAACCAACACAUUUCCGAGAGCGGCAAGAACGAGCAUCAAGGUUUUAUUUCCGAAGAGACAGUAAACACUUCCGGUCAUCACGGCAGCAGUUCAGCCGGCAGCAGUUCAGCCGGCAGCCGGAGACUGCGUACAGCGUACACCAACACCCAGCUCCUGGAGCUGGAGAAGGAGUUCCACUUCAACAAAUAUUUGUGUCGCCCCCGGAGGAUCGAGAUCGCCGCCUCCCUUGACCUGACAGAACGGCAGGUCAAGGUGUGGUUCCAGAACCGCCGCAUGAAGUACAAGCGUCAGUCACACGGCACCCGUGGCAAGGGCGGCGCCAUAGACAGCGACAGAGAGGAGGAAGCAGACGACAGCUUCAGCGACGUGGCAGGGGUCAAGGACGUUUGCAAGGACGAUGACGACACUGCUGAGAGUGUCGUGACUUGCCCACCAGAAGGUCAAAAUGUCAAGACAGACUUGUGUCGGUUAGACUCUGACGAUGAAAAAAGAAUCGUCUCUGUUGUUGAUAACUUUUUAGAAAUGAAAACUCCAAAAUCUUAUCCUACCCUCACCGGAAGUAGAAAACGCAAACUGGCAAGAAGCGUGGGUGACUUGAGCCUGGAGCCGGGCCUAGAGCCGGGCCUAGAGCCGGGCUCACCUCAGAUAUACAGCAGUGCCUCGUCUCACGACUCCGGUCUGUGCUCUCCCGGGAGUCUACACAGUACCUCCAGCCCUACACCCUCUACACAGGCGCCCUCUACACAGGCGCCCUCUACACAGGCGCCCUCUACACAGGCGCCCUCUACACAGGCGCCCUCUACACAGGCGCCCUCUACACAGGCGCCCUCUACACAGGCGCCCUCACGGAACAUUGACAGCAUCAAGACAACUCCACUGUACAUCAAGACCGAGCAAAUGUCGGCCCCACAUAAGAAAAGAAAAGCUCCAGUAGGUCAGGUGACCACUGCCCACCCACUAGGUCAGGUGACCACUGCCCACCCAGUAGGUCAGGUGACCAUUGCCCACCCAGAGAGUAACAGAUUGGUCCAUCAGAGCUUCCAGUCCCCACGAUCAUUGCAGUGUCAGCAGACUGAUCCAGAACAAUUGUGCGAUUUACAAACUUUAGAUCAGUUCUACUCACACAACACUGACCUUAACCUUCAAACCCGGAAAGAUUUCGAUGCGGUCACGGCGACCUCUAGACCACAACAGAGUCGCUUCCUGUCCUCACCCCACCCCACGUGUUACGACGCGCCCUCUUCCUAUGGGCGUAUGUCUCCAAACUGGGCCGAUUUCUCUUCGUAUGAGUACACGAACAACCCGCACAACCCGCACAACCCGGCAGCUUACAGCAGCAACCAGUCGGGGCAUGCACUCUACACUCACCUUUACGACAGCUAUGGUUGUCAUAGCGACAGCAGCUAUGGUUGUCAUGGUGAUAAUGCGAAUACAUUCAAUUCAGGUUUCAAUUCGUUUCAACAUGUGAACAGUGUGGAGGGGUACAGCAGCCUGUAUGGCCAACGAUCUGACAGGUCCCCCACGAUCCCCAUGCACGUGCACGGGUUUGUCGCGACACCCCUCACUCCCAGCCACUCCAGCGGUGCUCACCUACCCCGUCACGUGACCGACAGUUUCUCUCACGCGCGCCAGCCGUUAACAAUGUCGGACAGCGCCCACGGUUACCAUGACAACAACAACACGCGAGGGAUGAAAAAUGAGAGUUUAAACGAGCCGUAUGAAUACCCCGUUGACUUGAAUACAAGACAGACUCUUGCUUUCCCACAGUCGAACACCAGCGACUGUAUGGAGGCGAACAUUGGCUCGCCCGGCGCCCCCCGAGAGCUCUACACAAACCAGGACCAACGCGCCAACAACGGCCGGAUGUUGGCGCACCUGAAGGGUGCCGACACGUACCGCGACACUUCAGUCGUGAACGGCAAGUCAAAUGGGACUGCCAAGUCUGACGUGACUGCCAAGUCAACUCACCUGUCAGAAAAACAAAGUUUGACUGACAUGGACUUGUACCCAAGGGGAGGAUGCUCGAGCGACGGACUUAAUGCUUCCAGUUUCUGCUCUAGCUACGGCUGGCAGGCUUCUAAGCCUUUCAAUUCAGAUUUAUUCGAGACAGGAUAUGACGUCAAAGACGGUUAUUACUCACAACUAGGGACAGGAUGUGACGUCAGAGGCGACUACUACAAACAGUUUGGUAAUGAUCAGAGAGCUGAGUCGGCCACAACCUCAGCCUACAACACACACCAGCCUCCACACAACGACCAGACACAGGCCUGUGUAGCUUACUACGGCUCCUACCCCAAUACCCACCCUGGCCCCCCCAAUACCCACCCCGGCCCCCCCAAUACAAACCCCGCCUCCCGGACUUUGUAUCAGGAAACUUUCUCGCAGUAUCAACAGACGGCCGAGAGGUCGGACUUUCAGCACGUGGUCAGUCUUUAG